UUGAUGUUAAUAUUUCAGAAAAAGAAAAAAAUAUUGAAAAUAAAAAGCAAAAAUUUGGUGGCCGACGCAACAAAACAAAAGAAAAAAGAAAGACCCAGUACUUCCUAUGUAGAUCACAGCUCUUCAGACACCUCGAAUUUUGAUACCAAUGUUAAUUCAGUUUCACAACAGAUAUUCACUGAUGGCUCGAUUCAAGUUACUCGAACACAAGAGGAGAAAGAUAAGAAUCCUGAUAAAAUCUGUUUGGAUAGGAAGGGACUGAACACCUUUCCAACAAUAAUUGCUGAAGAUAGAUUGAGAUUGUUAUCAUGUCAGCACAAUUUGAUUAACAACUUGGUGAGUCUGCAAGUCCAAAAAUUUCCAGUUCUGGUAUUUUUGGACCUGUACAACAACCAAAUUGAUUCUAUGAAAAAUCUCAUCUCAUUGGAAACUUUGAGAGUACUAUUAAUAGGAAAGAACAGGAUUAAGAAAAUCGAAGGUUUGGAAAAUCUAACGAAAUUGGAAGUGUUGGAUUUACAUGGGAAUCUGAUCAAUUCGGUGACGGGUUUGGAAACUUUAUCGCAAUUGCGUGUAUUGAAUUUGGCUGGGAAUCAAUUAAAAUGUUUGCAAGCAACUGAAAUGGGUGGAUUGAAAUCGCUGCAGGAGUUGAAUUUGAGGAGGAAUCAUCUGAAGAGGUUGUCGGGAUUACCGGAAAUGUGCAAUUUGCACAAAAUAUUUCUGAGCAAUAACGAAAUGCAAUUAAUAGAAGAUUUGAGUAACGUUAUCAAAUCGCCGAAUAUAAUAGAAAUAUCGAUUGAGAAUAAUCCAGUAUUACUAAAUAACGAUUGCGUGCCGUUCCUGGUGUCGUAUCUUCCGAAACUUGCGAUUGUAAAUAAAAUGACAAUAAACGAGCAGUUACGAAAAGCCUCCAAUAUUUGGAGGAGAAAUAAAGAGACGUCGAAUCCUCUAUUUAUGGAUCUGACGGAGACGAUUUCGAAGAACGUGAACAGGGAGGAAGCAAUUUCGAACGCUAAAACGAAUUGGGAACUGCUGAGGUCCCAAACAAAGCAAAUAACUAGUAACGUCAGCGCCAAAGGGAAAUCAUCGAAAGUCAAUCCAGAUGCAGAUAUAAUAUUAACAUCGUUAUUGAAAAGUAAAGUUGCGGAUCAUAAGAAAAACGAACAUGGUAAAUGGUGCAAGCUUCCGCCAAUUUUAGUCCCAAUCAUUAACAAAAUACAUGAAAAGAAAGAAAGCGUUUCAAGCGUUUGUCCGAACAUCGACAGCACUAGUUCAUUGCUAUCAAGUAAAUCGGAUUCUGAUAGCAGCAGUGAUGAAGAUAUAGAAGAGAUUAAGGAAAUCAUUGAAGCAUACAAACCGAUUGAAGCGGUUCCAGUAAGUUCAACGCAACCUGACUCUACUUCCGCUGAAUCCUCCAGUACUCUCUCUUCGAACAUAAGCAGUACUUCCAGUAAAUCUAACAGCGAUAGAACAACAACCUCGUCGAAGAGAAAUAUCAAAAGCGCCGUCAACCACAGAUUGGUUCAUAGAGUAAACGCGUCAAGAUCGGUAUCUGCUAAAGCGAGGAAGAGCAAUUCCAAUUCAAAUAACGCAACGCAAGUUCGAGAUUGUGAACAAGGUGGAGAUUAUCUUGUGGAAAUCUGCGGACAAAACUUGAACGUUUACGGGCAAGGUUCGUUGCAUUUCUUGGACAAAUCUUGGAAUACGACGAAAGCCCACAGCGUUACCACAAUUAACUUUAAUUACGUCAACAUCAAUAACUUAGCUCCAAUCUUAAGUAAAAUCAAAUCCAGAUUCCCGAAUGCCGAUCAGUUUAUCUUUAAAGAGACAAACAUCGAGUUUAUUGGGCAAAUAAAUAUAUUCGCUGAGAUCCAAGGAUUAUCGUCACUUAAAAUAACGACUGAAGGAAAUCCGAUUAUUGAGAAAGAUUGGAGAACCUACGCUAUAUACAGAUUAUCCCAUUGGGGCCUUAAAAUGUUAAAUGAUGAAGCUGUUUCCGAAAAAGAUAUCGAAAACGCGAACUUGCAAUAUCAAAGUCUGAGCGAUCUCGUUUUGUGUGCUCUACCUGAUAUUUACCUGCAACCUCUUCUGACGAGAUUGAGUAUAAAUAUAGAUGAUUCUUCAGAGAAUGUGAAUCCCAAAGUAUGGUUAAUGUCUGCUGACGCUGCUUUAAGAAGCGUCGUUAGCAAAGAGGCUUUGCAAUGGAAAAAGCAGGGUUCAGUCCAAGAUGAACAAAUCCAGAGGCAAAAGGCGCAUACUUAUAUUAGCAAAUUGUUAGACGAGGUUUGCAAUUCUGCUAAGAAGCUGAGAAUGCUGGACGAGAAUUGGCCAAAGAUUCUACAUGAAAUUGUACGAAACACACUCUUGGAUUAUUCGAAUUUAGAUUUGUACAAGAAGAGGAAACUAUUAGAAUUAAUGUAAAAUGUAUUACUAUGAUUAUCGU